CAAGAUGGCAGCUCCCGUGGAUCUGGAGUUAAAGAAGGCCUUCACAGAACUUCAAGCCAAAGUAAUUGACACUCAACAGAAGGUGAAGCUUGCAGACAUACAGAUUGAACAGCUAAACAGAACGAAAAAGCAUGCACAUCUUACAGAUACAGAGAUUAUGACUUUGGUAGAUGAGACUAACAUGUAUGAAGGUGUAGGAAGAAUGUUUAUUCUUCAGUCCAAGGAGGUAAUUCACAGUCAACUAUUAGAGAAACAGAAAAUAGCAGAGGAAAAAAUUAAAGAAUUAGAGCAGAAGAAAUCCUACCUAGAGCGGAGUGUGAAGGAAGCUGAGGACAACAUCCGGGAGAUGCUAAUGGCACGAAGGGCACAAGGAAAUCUCUAGCAGAAGCUUCCUGCC